AUGUCCAAUCUCCUUGACGAACCAAUAGAAUUCGAAGGCAUCAAGACAAGAUUGCCCUUCACAUCGAAUGCUAUCAAAGUCAUGAAGGCACGCUACCUUGUUCACAAUGAAGAGGGUAAAGUCUACGAAACACCAGAACAAAUGUUCACCCGCGUUGCUAAGGCAUUAGCAUCAGUCGAAACAGACAAAGAGAAAUGGACAAAAAAGUUCGAAAAGGUCAUGAUGAACUUCGAGUUCAUCCCAGCAGGCAGAACACUUGCUAAUGCAGGUGCCAAGACAGAUCUUGUUUCAAACUGUGUUGUUCUCCAUAUGGAAGACUCUCUUGAUUCUAUCUUCCAGACACUUCAAGAUGCAGCUUUACUUCAGCAAGCCGGCUCUGGCAUUGGAUUCCCAUUCCACAAGCUUAGACCAGCAGGUUACAAGUGCAAGCGCACACUCGGCUCAUCAUCUGGCCCACUCUCCUUCCUUCGCAUCUACGCUGAAGCUUUCCGCAUUAUCCAGCAGCACGGACGCCACGGUGCUAACAUGGCUAUCAUGCGUGUUGAUCACCCAGAUAUCAUUGAAUUCAUCCAUGCCAAGGAACAACCAGGUACAUACGAGAAUUUCAACUUUUCAGUUGCCUUUACAGAUGAGUUCAUGGAGCGUGUUAUCAAGAACGAUCCAUCUCCAUGGAUGUGUAAGUGGAAUGGCGAAAAGAUGGCCCCACGUUACAUCACACGUGAUGCAGCUGGCAGAGUCGAAAAUAUUCAGCCACUUACAAUCUCCGCUCCAGAGCUCAUGAACGAAAUCAUCCAUCUUGCCUGGACCAACGGCGAACCAGGCUGUGUUUUCAUUGACACAGUCAACAAAGCAAAUCCACUUCCAGGACUUGGCCCAAUAGAAUGCUGCAACCCAUGCGGUGAACAGUUCCUUCAUUCUGGUGAUGCCUGCAACCUCGGCGCUAUCAAUCUUGAGAAGUUUGUCGUUGAUGGCAAGAUUGACUUCAAGCACCUUGAAGAAGUUACACGCACAGCUAUCAGAAUGCUUGAUAACGUUGUUUCUCUUACCAAGUUCCCUGUCCAGAGAGUUACAGACAUGUUCACAAACAAUCGUCGUAUCGGACUUGGCAUCAUGGGCCUUGCCGACCUCCUCUUCCUCAUGAAGCUCCCAUACGACUCAGAGGAAGGCCGUGCCUGCGCAGAGGAAGUCAUGAAAUGCGUCCAAGAUUCAGCAAUCGAUGAAUCCAAGAGACUUGGCCUUGAAAAGGGAUCAUUCCCGAACUUCGAGAAAUCUGUUUGGGCAGACAAAGUUCCAGCCAUGAGAAACACUUCUCUUACAAACGUUGCACCAACAGGAUCAACAUCAAUGCUCCUUGAUGUUUCAUCUGGCGUAGAACCAUAUUUCGCUCUUGCCUACAGAAGAGGAAACUGCCUUGCUGGCCCAAUGAAGCCAUUCGUCAACAAGCACCUCCAGAAGGCUCUCGAAGAUUGCGGCUGCUUCACAGAUAAGAUCAUGGACAAGAUUCUUGAGACAGGUACACUCGCAAACGUUACAGAAGUUCCAGAACAACUCCGCCGCGUUUUCGUCACAUCUCUUGAUAUCAAGGCUGAAGAUCACAUCGCUAUGCAGGCACGCGUUCAGAAGCACUGCUGCAACGCCAUCUCUAAGACAAUCAACUUCAGACGCGAGGCUACAGAAGACGAUGUCCGCGCAGGUUUCAUCGAGGGAUGGAAGAACGGAUGCAAGGGACUCACAGUAUACAGAAAUGGAAGCAGAGACGCACAGGUCCUUGAGACAAAUGUUAAGAAUGACAAACCAGUCAAGACAUUUGUCGAUACAUGCAAGGAUGGAAAGUGUGAUACCUAA